CGAGACAACAACAACAUGGGCGCCUUCGAUCGCGUGAAAGCUCAAGUUGCAUCCGACUCAAAAUGGACAUCAGCUCCUUACAAGGGAUUUGUGGCCGGAAGCCCAUCAAACACGUAUAUUGAUAUUGUUUCCACUGCCUUUGAAGACGCCACUAACACGAUGAAUUUUGCUCGUCACUCGAAAUACGAUGAAAUGUAUUCUCCUUAUCUCGGAUCAUUCCGCGAACGACACAAUUAUACUUCAAUUGCUCCAAGCUUGUGUAUUAACAAAACAAACCGUGCCAUCGAGUAUGACCUGGCACCACACAAGGCUUACAAUCCACGACAAUCCGAAUGGCUUCUUGAAAAAGACAAGAAAUAUAGAGUUCGUGGUGCUCGUAAUUUAAUUUACACAAAAAGCGCAUCGGAUAUCAGUUUGCCUCCACUGACACGUCGCACAUUCACAGUUCCAACAGAUACUCUUCGUCAUCAGAAUCAAUUUCUCUACUGGAAUGGUCGUGCACUUGGUCUUGACUAUGUUGCUCCAUUCCUUCGUCGUGAAGAUUAUUCUCGUCACGAGGAUCGCCGUUAUCAGAGAAUUUACUGGUCUCCACAUUUCAUUGAUUUGCUUCCAUCUUGCCGUCAUUCUGCACAUCUUAUGCUUUCCGCUUAUUAAAUCACUUCCAGAUGUUCUUUUUCCUUUUUCUGUGUUUUUCUGCCGUCGACUUCCUAUGUUUCUUUCCGUGUUCUCAACAGGGGUGUAAUAAGCUUCAAGUGUCUAAUAAAACGAUUCGAAACAG